AUGGCGGCGAGUCAGGGAGGUGGUGGUAACAGUGGGGGCGGUGGUUGUGGUGGAGGUGGAAGUAGCAGUGGCGGUGGCGCGGCCGGAGGAGGAGGUGGCGGGGCUGGAGGGGGAGGCGGCGGCGGCGGCGGCGGCGGCGGGACCCUGGUGGUGCCCAUCCCGGUACCGACUCUCUUCGGUCAGCCGUUCUCCAAUGGGCCGCAGUGGAACCCGGGGAGCCUGCAGCCUCAACACACCGUGAGGAGCCUGGACCGGGCCCUGGAGGAGGCGGGCAACUCCGGCAUCCUGAGCCUCAGUGGCAGGAAACUCCGAGACUUUCCGGGCAGCGGCUAUGACCUGACGGACACCACCCAAGCAGAUCUUUCCAGAAAUCGUUUUACAGAAAUUCCUUCUGAUGUGUGGUUGUUUGCACCUCUUGAAACAUUAAAUUUGUAUCAUAAUUGCAUCAAAACCAUUCCUGAAGCCAUUAAAAAUCUGCAGAUGUUAACAUACCUUAACAUUAGUCGAAAUCUUUUAUCAACAUUGCCAAAAUACUUAUUUGAUCUUCCCCUUAAAGUUUUGGUCGUCAGUAAUAAUAAACUGGUAUCCAUUCCAGAAGAAAUUGGAAAGUUAAAAGAUUUAAUGGAAUUGGAUAUUAGCUGCAAUGAGAUUCAGGUCCUUCCCCAACAAAUGGGAAAAUUACAUUCCCUUAGAGAGCUAAAUAUAAGAAGAAAUAAUCUUCAUGUAUUGCCAGAUGAAUUAGGAGAUCUUCCCUUAGUCAAGCUGGAUUUCUCUUGUAAUAAAGUGACCGAAAUUCCAGUUUGUUACAGGAAGCUGCAUCAUUUACAAGUAAUAAUUUUGGAUAACAAUCCAUUGCAAGUACCACCAGCACAGAUAUGUUUAAAGGGUAAAGUACACAUAUUUAAGUACUUACAUAUCCAAGCAUGUUGUAGAAUGGAUAAGAAACCAGAUUCCCUGGAUCUUCCAUCAUUGAGUAAAAGAAUGCCCUCUCAGCCUCUCACAGACAGUAUGGAAGAUUUUUAUCCAAAUAAAAAUCAUGGCCCUGACUCUGGAAUUGGAAGUGAUAAUGGAGAGAAACGAUUGUCUACAACAGAACCAUCAGAUGAUGAUACAAUCAGCCUUCACUCUCAAGUUUCAGAAUCAAAUAGAGAGCAGACAUCAAGAAAUGAGAGUCACACAAUAGGAAGCAAGCCUGAUUCUCAGAAAGACCAGGAGGUGUAUGAUUUUAUUGACCCCAACACAGAAGAUGUAGCAGUUCCUGAACAAGGAGAUACACAUAUUGGAUCAUUUGUCUCUUUGCUGAAGGGGAAAGAAAAAUGCUUUGAAAAAUCUCAGAAAAAUGAAGAAUUGGGAAAUGAAAAAAGAGUUGAGAAGGAACAAUUACUUGGAGAAGAAGAAGAUGAUGAUGAUUUGAAGGAAGUAACUGAUUUGAGGAAAAUAGCUGCUCAGUUAUUGAAGCAAGAACAGAAGAACAGGAUUCUUAAUCAUUCAACUUCUGUCAUGAGAAACAAGCUGAAACAAACUGUGGAAUGUGAGAAGAGUGUCUCAACAGAUGAAGUUAAUUCACCAUUAUCACCCCUUACAUGGCAGCCCUUAGAAAAUCAGAAGGAUCAAUUAGAUGAACAACAGUGGCCAGAAUCUCAACCUAUAAUUUGGCAAAGUGAAGAAAGAAGGCGAAGCAAACAGAUUAGAAAAGAAUAUUUCAAGUAUAAAUCAGCGAGGAAGAGUUCAAGUGGCAAUGAAAAUGAUGAGAUAACAGGUUGUUUUCUGAAGAAUGUAGCAUAUCCUAUGGGCUUAAGCCAGGCAGUACUGCAGCAAGACAGUGAUAAUGCUAAUAUGUCACCACAAUCUCCAGUAUCAUCUGAGGAAUAUGACAGAACUGAUGGCUUUUCACAUGGUCCCUUUGGCUUAAAGCCUAGAUCAGCUUUUAGCCGCUCAUCUCGCCAGGAAUAUGGGGCUGCAGAUCCAGGAUUCACAAUGAGAAGAAAGAUGGAACACUUAAGGGAAGAACGAGAGCAAAUAAGACAACUUCGCAAUAAUCUUGAAUCCAGGUUAAAAGUUAUUUUGCCUGAUGACAUUGGAGCUGCACUGAUGGAUGGGGUUGUCCUUUGCCAUUUAGCCAAUCAUAUAAGGCCACGCUCUGUAGCUAGUAUUCAUGUACCAUCACCAGCAGUGCCCAAGCUGAGCAUGGCAAAAUGUCGAAGAAAUGUAGAAAAUUUUCUUGAUGCUUGUAAAAAGUUGGGUGUCUCACAGGAAAGACUCUGUUUGCCUCAUCAUAUUUUGGAAGAACGAGGUCUUGUGAAAGUUGGUGUCACGGUUCAGGCCCUCCUUGAAUUACCUACGACCAAGGCAUCUCAACUUUCUAUGGCUUGAUAACAUUUUAAAAAUUAUAAGUGUGUAGUUUCAUUUAUUUGAAGCAAUUUCAGAUAUCUUAAAUUCAUGAAUAAAAAUGUCCAGUCAAAAAUCAUUUGCCUUAGGUCAAGCCUUAGGGUUUUUACAAAAAUUACAUUAAAACAUCAAAUUGAAACUGAAUUGCCCAAGCUUCUUUUGGGGGAAAACUGGAUUAAUUUAAUAAGAGUUUUUGAUGAAUUCAAAUUUUCUUUUUACUAUCAGUUAAUAACCUUGGUUAUUUUUCAAAAUGCAGAUUGAUACUCAAUUUAAAAUAUGUAUCCAAUUUAAUAAUCACAUUAGGUUUAAUUUUUUUACAUCAUAACAUACUAGUAAACAUCUGGAAAAUGGUAAUCUUUUUUUAGCCAUUUAAAACAAUUCUAUAUUUGAGUUAUUUAAUACACUUCUAGUUUAUACACAACUUCUUUCAUCUUUGUUCUUAGUUUUCUAGAAAAAAAUGAGUAGGAAAAAACCAAACUCUGGCAUUCUAUUAAAUUCUUUUAGUAUUAUAGGUUGGUGCCAAACUAUUUUCAGUUGUACUGUAGAUUGUUUACAUGUGAAGUGCCUGUGUAAUUGAUGAAUCUUAUAUAGUCUUAAGCAUUUUUGCAAUUUCUUUUUUGUAUCAAUAGAGUCAACAGAACUUUAAACUAUUUUAGUAGGUUUUGUAAGGUCAAUACUAUGUGAGGAUUUAAAUGUGCCUCACAUCGUGACAUCAUGGUUUUUUAGUUAGUCCAUUACAGUUUUCCUUAAAUUGGUUAUUUCAUGUUGUAAAAAAGCAAAACAAAACAAAAACAAAAAAUGUUAAUAUGCUUAAUUUAUGCUAUUUAAUUUUGCAAAACUUAAUCAUUUUUAAAGUGUAUUAUUUGAAGAGUAUUUUAUUUCUGUAUUGAAAAUGUUACACAAAGCAGUAAGAUUUUUGAGAACUAGUGAAGUACUAAUUAUGAAGGACAUUUUGAUAAAACUGCCAAAGUUUGGAUUUGUAUCUUGAUUUUCAGGAACAUUACAUCAGUGCUACCUUUAGCUAUAUUCAGAGAGCAGCAAUUGAGGAAUAAGUUUUUAUUCAAAAUCUGACCAUUUGUGGAUCUUGUACACCGAUGCUCCUCAAUUAACUUGAUGUUGAGUUAAACAUAGACUGUUCCAAAAAUAUUUUCAUGAGAUACUAUGUCACACAAAGUUCUUGUUUGACUUAGAGAUGGAUAAAUUUAUGUUGGUAGUAGUGCAGGAAUUUUUCAAAAACAUUACUGUAAUGAAUAACUCAUUUUCCUAUAAAAGAACCUUAAUUACUUUUGUAGUAGCCAAGCAUCAUAUCUUAAGUAUGUGAUCAUUUGCACUUGUUACCUCUUAAUAUGGAUGCAACUUAUUAAAAAUGUUGGCCUGGGUAUUUCAAAGGGUAUAUAUAAAAGGUAAAAACUAGUGUGCCAAAUGGUAUAGUAAGGGUUGACUUAGGAACAACUCUACUAUUUUUGAUCAGUUGGCAUGAAGCCAUAUAAUUAAAUUUUGGCUUUAGAAUACAGAUAUUCUUUACACUCCCCAAGGGUCAAAUUGGAGCUUUUGAAGAAUUAAAGCUUCUUAUGACUGUAAGGUAUAAGAAUUAAAUUAUUAGUAAUUUAUUACUUUAAAUAUUUGAGCUAAUUUUUCCUUUUCAGUUGUGUCUUUUAAAAAACACACAAAAAAACAAACCUCAUUGACAUGAUCUCCCUAGUGAAAACUUGGAAUAUACAAGAAAUGGCCAGUAUGUACCUUAGUUGAUAAGUUUCUAAUUUAGAAGUUUGACAGCGUUACAAAUUAAGUAACCACUAAAAACUGCAACAAUCAUUCAUACUUCUUUUAUAGUUAUCAUGCUAUCGAUUUCCUCUUAUUAUUAAUCUAGUGUUAGUUACUUUACAAGUAUUUUCCUAUUUCAUAUCAUUAAAAUAGUAGUGAAAUCUUAGGCCAUUCCCUUAUUGCAUUUCCCUUGUCAGUUAAUUAUUCCUUUAAAGAGAAAAUACACCAGAACCUCAUUGUAGCAUCCUUUUUGCAAAUCCAAAUUCCACUUAAGAUGGGUCCAGUGGAGGUCCAUACCAUGACAUUUCAUUUAGUGUUGUGUCAGAGGGCAACACCAUCUCUGAAGCAAUUUCACAAGUCCCUGAGGACAACAGUAUACCAAGGUUCUGAUGUAUUUCUUUUAGUAGUUUUUAUGUGUAAAAUUUAUCCUAAAUGUUUUUAUUGUUAUUAUAUAUUUACUUCAUCAGUUAUUGAAUUAAGAAUGAUUAUCUUUAUUUGAAUGGAUUUGUGAUUUCAUGAGGGUUGACUAAUCAGACUAAAAUUUUUAUUGGACCCUUAAAAAUUCAAUAGAUAGCUCUUUCUGUUAAAUUUUAUGACUAUGGCACAAGAAAGAAGUGAUGGUGGAUAUGUUACAAUUGAAAUAAGGAGUAAAAAUGCAUUGCCAUUUGUUUAAUAAUUAUCUUUAUAGAAUGCUAGUUUAAUGACUUUUAUAACUGAAUUUUUUGAAGAAUUCAGAAAAGUUUGUAUUGCUCACAGAUCUAUCAUAAUGGAUUUUCUGAUGCAUUUAAAAGUAAAUGGAACACUAAAUGUAUAUUACCGAUGCAAACUGUGGAUAAAGUUGAAUGAAAAAAAUUUAGCGUGGGGUUUAUUUUCUCAUUAUCAAUUCUCUACCCAUCACAUCAUCCUUUUUUUUUUUUAAUCAAAAGAGCCAGUGUUUAUUCCCAAGUGUAGAAACAGACUUUGUAAGAAUUCCAUCAGACUUUGAGAGGAUAUUCAAAGUGGAUUGUUUCAGUUGGGUGCAAUAGCGCACAUCUGUAAUUUGGAGGAUGAGGCAGGAUGAUCUUGAGCCCACAAAUUCGAGGACAUCCUGGGCAAAAUAGGUAUACCCCAUAUCAAAAUAACAUAAAUUGUUUUAAGAGUCCAAAUUCCCUUUACAUCAUUUCUAUUUUCAGAAGAUAAAAGUUUCUUCAAAAGCAAUAAUUUUCUAGGAUGUUUUCACAAAGUAAUGUUAUCUUUAUAUAAGAUACUCUUGCCGGGUGCGGUGGUGCAUGCCUGUAAUCCCAGGAUUACGAGUUAAAAGCCAGCCUCAGCAAAAGUGAGGUUACAACUCAGUGAGACCCUGUCUCUAAAUAAAAUACGAAAUAGGGCUGGGGAUGUGGCUCAUUGGUUGAGUGCUCCUGAGUUCAAUCCCCAGUACCACCGCCCCCCCAAAAGAUAAACUCUAUAAAACAAAUUUAAGCAACAAUUCUAUAAAAUUAAAGAAUAGGUCAAACAUUGUGAUUUUUUUUUAAUCACAGAGCGCUAGUCAUACGACUGAAUUGCUUAUAAGCUCCUGUGAUAAGAAGUAUAAUCUUCCACUUUCAGGUAGUUCUAAUUUUUAAAAAAUUCACAUAUCUUAAAAUAACUAUUAUUUGUUUGUAAUUAUGAUUGAUUCCAGAAGUAAAAAGUCAUUCAAGUAAAUGUUAUUAAAGAUAAUAUUGCACCUUAAACUCUCAGAGUUAAAGAAAAACUAAAGUGAGUAAAUACUUAGCAGAAGAUGUUUGAAAACUAUUCUAUCAAAAAUUUUGAUUCACCUUUAGCUAAGCUUGUUUUCUGCUUCAGUAAAUCUACAGUUCUGAUAUUCUAUAUGAAAUGGUCCUAGAAUCCUCAGGCAUCUAUCCCAAUGUCCAGACCACUCCAAAGGACUGAUGCAUUGUUGCAGAUUACAUUAAUUUAGAAGUAUCCAGAUAUCUUCUGGAAUUGGUGAACUGAAAAUAGCAAAAGCUAUAUGUUUCUUAAGGUAUUUUCUACUCCUGUGUUAUAAAACAUGAAAACAUUCCUAUGCUCAUGAAUUUUCACAGGUGUGUGUGUGUGUUUAACAUUAAGUCUCUGUUUUAGCAAAAUAAAGUCUUGUUGUAUUAGAAAAUAAGUUUAGAAUGACUAUCUCUGACAUAAGUAAUUUUGAGAAUUUUAGCAUAAUUUAUGAAACAUAAGCUAUGAGAAAUAGGUCAUCAGAAUUCUGACAUAAGCAUUUUAGGAUAGAAAACUACUAACUGAACAAUUUGAAAGUUAAUAAAAUGAAAAGAGAAAAUGCUUUAAAAUGUGAUUAUUUUUAAAUUUAAGUUUUUAUAUAAUAUUUUCUUGGUUUCUCAAAUGAAUUAUUUUGAUUACUCCACCUUAUAACGUU